AUGUCGGCCAAGAGGGCAGAACUGAAGAAAACAAACCUGAACAAGAACUACAAGGCAGUUUGCCUGGAAUUGAAGCCAGAGCCGAUCAAAACAUAUGACUACAAAGGAAUUAAACCAGAAGGGCCAUUUACCAAACCAAGAGGGACUCAGGAGCUAAAGAAUGAUCUCAGGGAGGUGAGGGAAGAGCUGAAGGAAAAAAUGGAAGAGAUAAAACAGAUAAAAGACGUGAUGGACAAGGAUUUUGAUAAACUCCAGGAAUUUGUGGAGAUUAUGAAGGAGAUGCAGAAGGAUAUGGAUGAGAAGAUGGAUGUUUUAAUAAAUAUACAGAAGAACAACAAGCUUCCCCUUAGGCGGGGCCCAAAGGAGCUUCAGGAACUCGGGCAGGUGAGAAAGCCUGACCCAGACUCGCAGAUCCGGCUCAAGAAGCUAGAGGAAGCUGACGGAAUGGCGUUGCCUGUUCACAAGAAGAAUAUGGCACUGCAGAAACUCAAAAAGGACCCGCUGGACUCCCUUCAUCAAUGUGGGACCUGCUAUGAGAAAUGUAUGUUGUGUGCCCUAAAGAACAGCCACAAUCAGGGGACACGCAUCCCUUCAGAGGCCUUAGGCCAUUGCAGAGGUGGGGAGGAGCCAGUGACCUGCCACAGGGGCACUCUGUCAUGCCCCAAAUCCUCUACCUAG